UCGGCAUGCAAUUCAAACCUGAGAUCACUUACGAUGCGGAACAUAAAGUAUGGAGUGCAGAAAAUGCACGUGAUUAUUUUGCACCCGAUUUAUCAAUUGGAGAGAUUAUCUUUCAUGAAAUGCGACGCCAUCCACAGCUCAUAGCUCAAAUCUCGGACUCGGAAAAUACCGUGUUAACACGGGAGGAACUUCAUUUGAACUCGAUGCGUGUGGCCAGCUAUCUGAGAUCCUUAGGAUUAUUACAGUCGGAUGUUGUCGGAAUCAUCGCGCGGAAUACCACACAUAUUUUUGCCGUGACCUACGGAUGCUUCUUCAAUGGAAUUCCCUUUCACGCGGUCAACAUGGUCUUCGAUGAGGCGGCAAUCAAACACCUCUUCAAUAUAACAAAGCCACGACUUAUAUUUUGCGAUGGAGAUGAAUACGAAAAAGUGAAAGCAGCAACAGAAAGCUUGAAAGUGAAGAUCGUUACAAUGCGUAACCAUCCCAUUGGAUCGAUUAAAAUUGAUGAAGUAUUGGCCACUCCAAUAGAGGAAAACUUUAAGCCUUCGCGACUAGAUCAAGGAAAUAAUCAAACCCUUGCCAUUCUGUGCUCAUCCGGAACUACGCGUGUUCCCAAGGCUGUGACUAUCUCGAACAGUCGAAAAAUCCUUUCCGCAGCUUUAGAUCUAACCACUUCGGACGUUCAGUAUGCGCACAGUACUUUGGACUGGUUCUCUGGUUUUUUGACAACGGUUACUUCUGGUGUCUUCAGUACCAAACGCAUUAUAAGUGAUGUUCCAUUCGAUCCUGCUCGUUUCCUCAGAAUAGUUCAACAGCACAAGGUGACGUGGUGUAUGCAUUCACCUCUUCACUUGGCAUUGACCGGAAACAGCCCCGAAUUAGAGAAAAUCGACAUAUCGAGCAUACGAACAUUUCUUUAUGGAGGUGCUCGGUGUUCCCUGGAAGCUCAACAGAAGAUAAGGAGUCAAUUGCACCAAGAUGGCAUGAACCUUGCAUAUGGCCUAACAGAGUUAGGAGCUGUGACAAUUAACUUCCAUUUUGAUCAGAAGCCCAACUCAUGCGGUCGUCCUGUGGAUGGUAAAAAGAUAAAGAUAAUCGCUGAGAACGGAGAUCAUUUGGGAGCGAACGAAGUUGGAGAGGUAUGCGUGAGAAGCGAUCAGUAUUGGGCUGGAUAUUAUGGAAAUCCGGAGGAAACUCAGAAUGUCCUUGAUUCGGAGCAAUGGUUUUAUACUGGUGACUUGGGCUAUAUGGAUGAUGAUGGCUUUCUCUACAUAGUAGAUCGGAAAAAGGAAAUGCUGAAGUACCAGAGCUACAAAUAUUUUCCGAAUGAAAUCGAAGACGUUAUCUCCCAAAUGCCAGAUGUGGCUGAUGUAUGCGUCUUUGGCAUUUGGGAUCCCAUGGGUAGCGACAAGGCUGCCGCAGCUGUGGUGAAGAAGGUCGGAUCACAAUUACAAGCUCAGGAUGUUGUGGACUACGUGCGAAAGAACAUACCAAUAAUGAACAAGCAUUUGCACGGAGGUGCUAUAAUAGUGGAUGAUUUAAAGCGAAGUCCCAAUGGCAAAACAAAUCGCAAGGCCACUAAGGAAUAUUUUCUUCAACUAAUGGAAUCCAACUGA